GCGCCUAGCUGGCUCUUGGGUGCACUCGGCUCCUGGCUGGCGGUGUCCAGUCUCGGCCCAGGCCCUGGUCAGGUCCCGGAGUUGCUCAGUUGGGCGCCCGAGGGGCGCGAUGGCUCUGCGCGGCGUCAGGGUGCUGGAGCUGGCCGGCCUGGCCCCGGGGCCGUUCUGCGGCAUGGUCCUGGCGGACUUUGGCGCUCAGGUGGUGCGCGUGGACCGCCCGGGCGCCCCCGGCGACGUCAGCCACCUGUCCCGGGGCAAGCGCUCGCUCGUGCUGGACCUGAAGCGGCCGCGGGGGGCCGCGGUGCUGCGGCGUCUGUGCGCGCGCGCCGACGUGCUGCUGGAGCCCUUCCGCGCCGGUGUGAUGGAGAAACUCCAGCUUGGGCCAGAAACUCUCCUGCAGGAGAAUCCGAAGCUCAUCUAUGCCAGGCUCAGUGGAUUUGGUCAUUCAGGAAGAUUCUCCCAUGUGGCUGGCCAUGACAUCAACUAUUUGGCUUUGUCAGGUGUCCUGUCAAAGAUGGGCCCAAGUGGUGAGAACCCGUAUCCUCCGCUGAACCUCCUGGCUGACUUUGGCGGCGGCGGUCUCAUGUGCGCGCUGGGCAUUGUGCUGGCUCUCUUCGCCCGCACACAUUCGGGCAAAGGUCAGGUCGUUGAUGCAAACAUGGUGGAAGGAGCAGCAUAUUUAAGUUCUUUCCUGUGGAAAACUCAAGGAGAGGGACUGUGGGAUCAGCCUCGAGGACAGAACCUGUUGGAUGGAGGGGCGCCGUUCUAUACGACGUACCGGACGGCAGAUGCGGAGUUCAUGGCCGUUGGAGCCAUUGAGUCCCAGUUCUAUCAGCUGCUCCUCGACGGACUUGGACUCAAGUCUGAUGAACUCCCAAGCCAGAUGAGUGUGAAAGACUGGCCAGAAAUGAAGAAGAAAUUUGCAGAUGUGUUUGCAAAGAAGACCAAGGCAGAGUGGUGUCGGAUCUUUGAUGGCACAGAUGCAUGUGUGACCCCGGUGCUGACCUUUGAAGAGGCACCCCACCAUGGUCACAACAGAGAUCAGGGCUCAUUCAUCACUGAUGAGGAGCAGUGUUGGAGCCCCCGCCCAGCGCCUCGCCUGUCUGGCACGUCUGCCAUCCCGUCUGCUAAAAGGGAUCCUUUUACAGGAGAACACUCUGAAGAGAUACUUAGAGAAUUCGGGUUCAGUGAAGAAGAGAUUCAUCAGCUGCGCGCAGAGAAAAUCAUUGAAAGCAAGAAGCCCAAAGCAAACCUCUAACUUCUAAGCUCACAGCACAAGGGGAUUUGAAUGCUGCAUUUCACACACUGUGUUAUGGAGGUGUGGCAGAGCAUUAAUGAGGUGUCCGACUAAUCAAGGAACAUCGAAAGACUGAUUACAUACUGAUGAUUGCACUCUGAAAAAUGAUUAUCAGAGCAUCUGAUUUAGGAAAGUUUUGUGUACUUGUAGUAGUUUCUGGCAAGUUUUCUGCCUUCAGAUUUACUUGACAAAAUACAUUUGUUGUUAAAAUGCUUAUAUAGCUAUAAUAUAUCUUAAAUGAAUUAAGAUAAAACAUUGUUUAUCAAAUAAAGGCGUUUUCCGUGUA